GAUACCUGUUGAUGGAAAACCACAAAGUGUAGGAAUAGCUCCAGCCUGCUGAAAAGAGGUGAAGCCAUUAUGAGGAGGUGGAGUACAGCACUGGCAACAAACAUGGGGUCCCAGCCUGGACCCAAGAAUCCCAAGAGGAAAGAAAGUGAAAAUGCAGAUAAAGACCCAGGGGCCCGUCUGCUGGAGAACCAGCUCAGUGUGGACGACUUUGUCAGAAUUCAGAAGGUCUUUGAGCCUCCAGAGUCACAGAAAAGCAUUUGCAUGUCCAGAGAAGAAUUUGCCCAGAGGAUGAUAGAGAUUGUUGGUUGGGGCACAACAGAGGAAUACAGGGAGCUCUUUGACAAAGUGGAUGUGGCCCAUGAUGGUGUCAUUACCUGGGACAAGCUGACCACCUUCAUGCUAUUAGUACUUUCUGAGAGAGAUGAACAGACAAGAGCAACAGUGGUUCCCCAGUGGGAUGACUUUGAGCUCCUUCCAGCGAAGCACAAGGACACUGUUCAAAAAGUCACAUUCCUAAAAAGCUCCAGCCGGUAUCUGACCAUCAGCAAGGAAGGCUUGUUGGGCAUCUGGGGAGAGAAUCUCAAGCUGCAAGAAACACUCCCUAUCACUUCAGAUGCCACCAAACUAAAACACCUGUGGGUGACCAGCAUGGUGUCUCUGGAAAAUGUAAAUAAGAUAGCUGUGGCCUUUACAAGCAAAGAGAUUUGCUUCUAUGAUCUGCUGUCCAAAGAAGAAUUUCCUUGUCAAUAUAAACUCCAAGGCCUGAAAGGAACACCAGUUUGUAUGGAUUAUUGGUAUGACCCUCUUGAUGCCAAUGAGUCCAUUCUGUCUUUUGGAGACAUCACUGGGAAGGUUCAAGCCAUUGUUUUCACAGCUGCCUUGAUUUCCCUCUUUGAGCGUCCUGUUGUCAAUACCUGUGGAGAUGAAGAGGCAACUGUUUCUAUUAACUGGAUGGAAGUGCUUGCUGGGCAUCACAGGUGCUGCUAUACAUUAGAGCACAGGCUUCACCAUGGAGACUGGGUGAGGCAAGUUACCUACAAUGCAUCUUUAGAUGCUAUUAUUUCCAGUACAACCAACAACACAAGUUCUCUGGUGCUGGCUUGGAGAGAGAAAUCUAAAAAGCAUCUUCAAAUGACAUCCAUCAACAUUGCCCAGGGCAUUCAUGCUUUUGAUUACCACUCUCGGCUUAAUUUAAUUGCGACAGCUGGCAUAAACAAUAAAAUUUGCCUUUGGAACCCCUACGUCGUUUCGAAGCCAGUGGGUGUCCUUUGGGGUCACUCCUCUAGUGUCAUAGCUGUCCAGUUCUUUGCAGCAAGGAAACAGCUCUUCAGCUUCUCCAGAGACAAAGUGUUGAGACUCUGGGAUAUUCAACACCAGCUGCCCAUCCAGAGGAUAGCUUGUUCUUUCCCUAGAAGCCAGGACUUCCGGUGCCUCUUUCACUUUGAUGAGGCCCACGGCCGGCUGUUCAUCUCCUUUAAUCACCAGCUGGCAUUGUUGGCCAUGAAGCGGGAAGGUAGUACAAGGGUGAGGAGCCACCAGCAAGCUGUCACCUGUGUCCUGUACAAUUCAGUCCUGAAACAGGUGAUCAGCUCUGAUGUGGGAUCCACAGUCUCCUUCUGGAUGGUGGACACCGGGCAGAAAAUCAAACAGUUUACUGGUUGCCAUAGCAAUGCAGAAAUCAGCACAAUGGCCCUUGAUGAAAAGGAGAGCAGGCUUUUGACUGGCAGCACAGAUGGGACUGUGAAGGUUUGGGACUUUAAUGGAUGCUGCCACCACACCUUACAUGUUGGGCCAAAAGGAACUAUGGCAAUUUCACAGAUCCUGGUCCUGAAGAAGACAAUCCUGGUUAUAGGCUGGAAACGGUAUGCAUACUUCCAACAAAACCAUGGAUCUUUCAAGCCCAUUAACAGGGCCAUUACAGUGUUUCGACUUCAGAACUUCAAUGAAUCUCUCAUCCAGCCCGAAGAAUGGAGAGGAGGAACUCAGCACCAUGAUGACAUCUUGUGUGCUGCCUUUUUACCUCCACACACUCUUGUUACAGGGAGCUACGAUGGAGAAAUUAUCCUGUGGAAUAACAUCACAGAGACUGCUCAGUAUGUCUUUCAUCCUGAUUACCAGAGGCUGCUGAAGUCCAAAUCAGAUACAGAGGCUCACACUCUUUUCAGUGCUGGGAGUAAGUUUCUCACUAGCCCUAUGCCUGAUAAAGCCAUCCUGGAAGCCUGCUCCUUGAACAUGAGCACCAAACGCAACAAUGCAGUUAUGCGGCUUUGCUUCCUUGAUUCAAGAAAAGACAUUGCAGUGACAGGUGGUGCUAACCUGGUGUCAUGUGGCGGAGCUGGUUUUGUCCGGUUCUGGAGUACAUUUACCAAGCAACUUCUGGCUGAGUUUUCAGCUCACAGUGGAUCUGGAUCUAUUAUCAUGUCUGCAGAUAAGGCGAAUCGUUUCCUUGCCACAGGAGAUGCAGAUGGAUGGUUGAAAGUCUGGAAUAUAGAAGAGUACUGUCUUAAUCCCAGCAAGAGCAAACUCACUCAGGUCCCAGCACUGGUAAGGUCACUGCAGGUGCAUGAAGACCAGAUAAGUUCCUUGGAGUUGUGUGAGCUGGGCGGGCUGGUGCUGGUGGUGUCUGCCUCCACCGACUGCAGCAUCUGUGUGACUGACCUUGGCCACGGUCCCAUCUGCAUAUUUGGGCAGGGAAAGCUUUGGCAAAUUGAGGCCUUCUUUUCCUUUCCCAAAAGAGAUGCUAAUUUAAUGGAAGUUAAGAUCGAAGAGGAAGGGGUAUUAAACAUUCCUUCACUCCCUAAGGAAGAGUCAUGUCUGGACCCAAUGGAACAUUCUUUACUUGAGAAGGAGAAUCCAGAUGUCUCUGCAUCCAGCAUCAGACCACCAGAAGUCAUAAGUUUUGGUAUAAAAUAUAAAGAAAGAAUUACCCAUAAGAAAAAAGUACCCGUGUUUAACUCCAGUCAAGUUAUACAAAAGUCAUCCAGUGCAUUCAGGUCACUAAGUGUUGGAACUCUGAGAGAGUUGCCGGAAAUCUGCAAGCCAACUUUCCUUCUAGAACCUGAGAAGUAUUUUAAGGAAGAACCAGAGAAGGAGUCUCUCCCAGUUCCAGAACUUCCAUCGCUUUCUGAAACUUUGAAAGCUGUAUUUGAUGAGAAAAAUCUGUUUCCCAAAGAAAUUCUGAAAUGUGAACGAAGAGCCAAGCAAUUAUGUCAGGAAACAAGUAGUGAAAUGAAGACAAAAGGAAAUAAAAAGCAAUUAUAACUGAAGAGAAAUAGAUAUUUCAUUGUCACAUAAAGUGUGCAAAUUAAAAAGUUGAAAAGGAGCCAACAUCUUUACCCCUUUUCUUGACUUUAUAUUUGACCUUCAGCAACUUUUUUUUAGAAAAUAUUUUGAUGCAGCUUUUAUACACCAAUUUUCAC